CCUCUUCCGUGUGGGCCCUGCCUGUCCGCUCUCUGUCACCUCACAGUAGUCGUUGCCGGUAGCGGGUGUGGGGGUGCGAGCAGCGCAGGGCGGCCUCUCCCCCACCCCUCAGGCGGGCUCAGUCCCCCCCUUUCCCUCCGCUUUCCACCCCCCUCGGGUACGGGAAGGUCCAAGUCGCUGCCGGGUGCCCGAGGGCCGUCGUGGCCGCCGUCGCCACGGGUCCCAAUGGAGCCGCCGAAUCUCUAUCCGGUGAAGCUCUACGUGUACGACCUGUCCAAGGGCCUGGCCCGGCGGCUCAGCCCCAUCAUGCUGGGGAAACAACUGGAAGGCAUCUGGGAGGAGGAUGCUACUGGCAUCUUGUGGAUAGAGGCAGGGGUGCUGAACAGCCUAGAAUGCACAGGACAACCCUACACAACAAAGAACUAUGCAGCCUCAAAUGUCAAUAGUGCCAAGAUGGAGAACACCCCUGAUCUGUGGCACACAUCCAUAGUUGUGCACAAGGAUGAGUUCUUCUUCGGCAGUGGCGGUAUCUCCAGCUGCCCCCCGGGGGGGACAUUGCUUGGGCCCCCAGACUCUGUGGUUGACGUGGGGAGUACAGAAGUCACAGAAGAAAUCUUUCUGGAGUACCUGUCCUCCCUGGGGGAGUCCCUGUUCCGAGGUGAGGCCUACAACCUCUUUGAACACAACUGUAACACCUUCAGCAACGAAGUGGCACAGUUUCUGACUGGGCGGAAGAUUCCUUCUUACAUCACAGACCUGCCCUCUGAAGUUCUCUCCACGCCCUUUGGACAGGCACUUCGGCCCCUCCUGGACUCCAUUCAGAUCCAGCCUCCGGGAGGGAGUUCUGUGGGCAGACCCAACGGCCAGAGCUAACAGGACUGCCUGGGACCGCCCUGCCUCACCAGGGUUUUUCCUUUUUAAGCAAAACAAACCCUACCAGAUUUCUAUUUUAUAAUUUUACAUCAGAGCUAACAACCAGGGGACGGCUUUUUAAAUUUCCCAGGGAAGGAGACUGUCAGGCCGCAUGUAGACAAUGCUGCUAAGAAACAGAACAAAAUGCCACCCCUUCUAAUAGUAUUAUACUAAUUUAUUAAGGCUG